UCCUCCUGUUCUUCCUUCGCAGUAAAGUUAGUUUGGAACAUUUCCUCAUUCUCGUAAAAACAGUCUGUUGUACAGUGUCUCCACAAUUUCCCUCGCCAGUCAAUGAGCUGGUACAUAUCGAAUAAAAAUGCUCGACUGGGCAGUGAAUAUUUCCAUAAUUUUAUUGAUCUCUUGCUUUGAAAUUGGUGCUUACAAUUUGGAUACAAAACGCGCCGUUGUUUUCAGUGAUCCCAAUGAAAAAUUUAACAGUAGAGAAAGUUACUUUGGAUUCUCUGUGGCACUCUAUGCGAACCCUUCUGAUCCUGUGGUGAUCGUUGGUGCGCCCAGGGCGAAUGUCAGCAGAUUAUUGGGAAUCAGAGAACCUGGGGCUGUUUAUUAUUGUCGACUAAGUGGUUACUGCAAAGAGUGGCCACUCGAUAACUCCAGAAAUGGGGGACUUCAUAACAUUGAAGGGAUCAAUCAGAUGCUCGAUGAGUCCUGGAUCGGUGCUACUGUUUCUGUGGAAAAUAAACUGCAGCCCAGAGUUGUGGUUUGUGCUCCAAGAUGGAAAAAUGUUCGCCAGGGCACCAACAACUGGGCUGAGCAGAAUAACUAUUACCAAAAAAUGAACGGCAUUUGUUAUUACACAAUUGCAAAGUCUGUAAAUGAUUUUGAAAAACCUGUAAGCAAAUUUAUAACAGAUUUGACAGAUCCAACAAAACAGUCACGAUGGAUCUUCGAAGUGGCCACCAUGGGAUUUUCUCUCCAUGAAUUUUCAGACCAGUCUGCAUGGAACAUCAUGAUAGGAGCACCCGGUUGCUGGGGCUGGUCCGGAGUUCCCCUGUUGGUUUCUGAAAAUCGUCUGGGGGAAUGGAGUACAUCGAUACCCAGGGCACGUCCUUAUUGGUAUACAUACCGAGGGUACAGCGUAACAUCUGGAUUCUACUUCGAUGACAAGAGAAGAUGGUACGUCGCCUCGGCCCCUCAAGUCGAUGAGAUGUUUGGAAAAAUCGAAAUUUUCCAGUACGGGAAACAGAACAAUUUUCUACAGGAAGUGAAGGUUGUUAUGGGCAUGCAAUAUGGAGAGUACUUCGGAGCGUCAGUGACUUCCUGUGAUGUUGAUAAUGAUGGGAGGGAUGAUUUGAUUGUUGGUGCUCCAUCGUGGACUCUGAAUGAAGACGAGGGACGAAUUUAUAUUAUUUCAGCGAGAAGAAAUUCAAAUGGCUUUGACACGACUUCCAUCAAUGGGAAAUUCGAGGGAGCUCGAUUUGGAUCAAUCGUUGUAUGUCUUGGUGACCUGGAUCACGAUGGCUAUGGAGAUGUUGCUGUGGGGGCACCCUAUGAGGAUAAAUCCGGCGCUGUUUAUAUUUUCAACGGUGGUCGUUACGGUUUGUCCAGAGAACCAAGUCAAAAGAUCCUUGGCAGGGAUUUUGGCGGGUUGAGUGGCUUUGGAAUGGCCAUUUCUGAACCCAGAGAUGUCGAUGGAAAUGGUUAUCCUGAUGUUGCUGUUGGGGCACACAAAUCUGGCCACGCUGUGCUCUUUCAAGCUCAGCCAGUCGUUAGAGUGAAUAUUAGUUUGAAUUACGUCGACUCUGUAAGACUCAAUAGUAACACUCCCAAGUUUUCUAUUAGAUUCUGUGGAUAUUACGAUGGAUACCGAACGCCUCAGCAUCUGUGGGUAAAGAAAACUUUCAGAGUAGAUGAGGCGCAUCAUCGGGCUAGACUUGAUACCCAGCCGACUCCUAACGGGACUUAUGAGCUCGAAGGCAUUCUUCAGUAUGGAAAGAACACUUGCGAUGAUGUUGAGGUACAUCUGAAGGAAGAAUCUAAAACCUAUCCCAUCGUCAUAUCCACAUCACUAAUCCUGAUGAAUGACACUGUGACAAUCAGGCCGGAGGGUUCAAUAAUCAUGCACACAGUUUCCCUCAACUUCGCACUCGACUGCGGGCCAGACGAUAUCUGCCACUCCAAUUUAACGACAAACAUAUCCACAAGUCUUGGAAAAGGAAACAAAUACGUCCUUGGAGGUGCAAAAACUGUGAAUAUUUCGAUCGAGCUUCGAAAUCAUCAGGAGCCUGCCUACGACACUCGUCUACAUAUAUUUUUACCUGAAUUUCUCUCCUUAGCAAGGAAACCUGUCAAAUGUGAUGAGCAUUUUUUGCCGAAUGGAUCUGUAGAGGUGAUCUGGAACGUGGAGAAUCCGUUGAGACAUCAGGCUACGUUGACACUGGAAAUAUCCAUGCGUCAGAUUCAAGCCGAGUCAGAGCUUUAUUCAGACUCGAUAGAAAUACCCAUAAGACUCACAACUCAAAGUGAAAAUAUAAACGAAAAAAAAGAGAUUGACAGCGUAAUUAUUAACAUUGCGAUCGACGCCACCGUCGAUAUUAAGGGACAAGCGAAGGAGCCAUCUUAUUCGUACUUCAGUGCCUCCGAGGAGAAAAAAAUCGAUGUUAUUCAUUUCGAUCAUAUUUAUGGAGUCCAAAAGCUGGGAAUAACUCCGAUUCAGCAAGCUGUUCUGAUUGUUCUCGUCCCCACACACUUGAGAAAAUCAGAAAAUGAAAUAAUCGAAAUAGCGAAGAUAAACGCGACGACUCUGACGUUUUUUGAUUCAACGAAUCGAAAUAACAAUGAUUACAUCUGCAAAAUAGAAAAAGUCGGAGUGAAAGAGAAGAAAAUGCUCACAGGCCAGUUGAGUAAUUUCACCAAGUCUGUGGAUGCUUCUUUGAGGAAUCGCGCGUUGUUUCUCAACUGCGAUAGUGAGGCAAUUGAUUGUGUCAAUGUCACAUGUCUCAUGGACGUGCCAAAAGAAUCGGUUAAUCCCUCUGUAAUCGCAGAAUUAAAAUUAACGAUUGAUUUGUUGUUAAGAGACAUUCCUAAUGACUUUAAGACUUCGAAAGACAUUAUAUACUUCGUAUCAAACGGAUCAGUGAUGAUAACUCAUCCAUCGCGAGCUAGUGGACCAUCUGGAAUGCGGGCAAAGUCAACCUUCGUCGGGACUAAAUUUUUGGGCACUCCCGUUGCAGCUCCAGUAGCUAGCUGGGUAAUUCCUGUCUCCGUGCUCGUGGGAAUACUUCUGCUGGCACUUGUGAUAUUUGCUCUUAUCAAACUAGGAUUCUUCAAGAGAAAACACAAAGAGGAAUUGGAGGAACUAAAGGCAGACUCUGAUAAGAAAGGAGGUAUGGUCAUCGAAACUUCAUCCUCGAGGGAGUGCCUCGAUCAGGAUUGACCUGCACCAGUUAUUGCAAAUAUUACAUGUUAAUGCAGCAACCAGUAGACAAAAAUGACUGAGGUGUUAUCCCAGCAUCCUUUAGUUUGGCUAUUAAAAGAAAUGGGAAUGACAAAAAUAGAAAAAAUCCAAUGGUAAUAAAAAAAGACUUGUACAAGCAAAUAAUCGACAAUUAUGCUAUAAAAAUUUUGCAAUGUCCAUUAC